AUGGCUUUUGAAAAUGCUUCUAUGGUAAUUGAGUUCAUUCUCUUGGGAAUAACAGACCAACCUGACCUCAAAAUUCUACUUUUCCUACUCUUUUUUGUAGUAUACAUGAUAACUGUGUUGGGGAAUUUGACCUUGAUCAUUCUAAUUGUGCUACAUUCUCACCUCCACACACCCAUGUACUUUUUCUUGUUUAACUUGUCUUGCAUUGAUCUCUGUUAUUCUUCUGUGAUUACACCCAAAAUGUUGAUGAGCUUUAUACAAAAAAAGAAUGUUAUCUCUUACACGGGGUGUAUGAUCCAGUUAUACUUCUUUUGUUUUUUUGUCAUUUCUGAGUGUUAUGUGCUGACUUCAAUGGCCUGUGAUCGCUAUGUGGCAAUCUGCAAUCCAUUGUUGUAUAAUGUUACCUUGUCUUCUAAGGUAUGUUGUUACCUGAUGCUUGGUUCAUAUUUCAUGGGGUUUUCUGGAGCCAUGAUACACACUGGAUGCAUCCUAAGACUGACAUUUUGUGAUAGAAAUACCAUCAACCACUAUUUCUGUGAUCUCCUUCCUUUGCUGCAAAUUUCCUGUACCAGCACCUAUGUCAAUGAGAUAGAGCUGUUCAUUGUAGCAGGAAAAGACAUAAUUGUGCCCACUAUUAUCAUCUUUAUCUCUUAUGGUUUCAUCCUCUUCAGCAUUCUCAAAACAAAAUCCACUGAAAGCAGAUCCAAAGCCUUCAGCACCUGCAGUUCCCAUAUGCUUGCUGUUUCUCUCUUCUUUGGAUCAGGUGCAUUCAUGUAUCUUAAACCUAGCUCAGUUGUAUCUAUCAAUGAGGGGAAAUUCUCUUCUCUUUUUUAUACCACUGUGGUUCCCAUGAUGAACCCUUUAAUUUACAGCUUGAGGAACAAAGAUGUUAAAGUUGCCUUGAUUAAGUCUUUGAGCAGAAGAAUAUUUUGA